CUCUGUGGUAUAGCAAAGCCGAAACACGAAGCCAUAACAAACCCUUGGUAAAUACAUGUAAAAACUGUUGAUCAACAGUCAAAAGUGCUCUUUUGUGAUAUCGAUAGUCCAAUAUUUCUAUUUCAUUGUUUUUAGAACAUCUUAAACUUCUCAAAAGCUUGGUUCAACAUGGAAUCUAAAGAAUGGUCUAGAUAUAUUUUUUUGCUGUCAAUGUUAUUUUCUCGAGGUUUCAGCAUAAACAUUUGUACGGACAUUGUCGUGAGAUCAUCCAGUGGUUAUAUUACGACACCAAAUUUUCCAAACACGUACCCCGCAAAUACUUCUUGUGCUCUAACCAUUCGACGACCAUUCGGAGAGAGGAUCAACUUCAAGAUCAUAUAUAUGAAUCUUGAGACAAGGGGGAAUGGUAGCUGUAGCGACAGCGUAAAAAUAUCCGGAAUAACAACAAAAGCAUUUUGUGGAAACGACAACAUGACAUUCGUUCCUGGAGGAAGUGUAGUCAGUGUAUCAUUCUCGUCUGACACAAGAGUUGGAUACAGUGGGUUCAACAUCACUUUUAUUUCAUUCAAUGAAAGCUGCAGUUUUGAUGGUGGCUUGCAAACGAGUGUUUGUCCUUGGAGCAACGUAAAUUUAGAAGAUGAUUUUAAUUGGUCGAUUAAUUCUGGAACAACAUCUACUUCGGACACAGGUCCAAACCAUGAUAUUAUAGGAUCAACGUCUGGAAAAUAUCUCUACACUGAAGCAUCUCCUCAACUAAUUGGUGAUAAAGCUUGGUUGGUCGGGAAUAAUCUUACGAGCUCACUCACGUGCUUUUCUUUCGGUUAUCACAUGUAUGGAGCUGGAAUGGGUACAUUAAAUAUUUACUUAGAGUACAAUGUAAAAAAGUCAUUGUUGUGGUCAUUGAGUGGCAACCAAGGUAACCAAUGGUGGUAUAGUCAAGUUACAGCAAACUUUACUUCUUUCCCAUCUAGAUUGAUAAUAGAAGGUGUUCGUGGAUCAUCAUUUACAAGUGACAUAGCGAUAGAUAAUCUUGCCUUAACUCCAGGAUAUUGUGAAACCGUUUAUACUCACGUUACGUUUAGUGAAAUAGACUUUAAAGGUUGCAAUUUUGAGAAAGGCUUUGGUACAGUUGAUUGUCCUUGGAAGAACACGCAGGGAUCUGACAAUUUUGACUGGGCAAUCAUCAGCGGAAAUGUAAGAUGGAGUACCUCUCUACCAUAUUGGAACUCCAAGGGAUCAAGGGAAGGUAAAUACAUGUACAUAAAGGGCAGAAAUGGAGAAAAAGCACGGUUGGUCAGUCAGUACUUCAAAGGCUCUACAAAAUGUCUCCUUUUUUACUAUUACAUUUAUUCUGCCUAUUAUUCUGGAUCAUCUCUAUACGUUUACCAAGAAACAGUUAAUGGAGCAAAGAUACAACUUUUUGUGAUGAGUGGCUACAGUGGCUACAAUUGGCGUCAGGCUCGCAUUUUGAUCUCUAAUGCCAGUAUUAGCCAAAAGAUAAUUAUUGAAGGAAUCGUCGGUUUUACGUAUUCAGACACUAUUGCAGUGGAUGACUUGCGAUUUAUUGAUUGUCAAGUAAGUUCGACUACACCUCAGUAUUAUUCCCUGGACACAACAACAAGAAACACGCAGCAGACAACCCAAAAGCCCUUGUCAACUAUUUGGAAACUCUCGUCUACUACUCGAAACCCCUCGUCUACUACUCGAAACCCCUUGUCUACUACUCAGAAUCCCUCGUCUACUACACGUAACCCCUCGUCUACUACUCGGACAUCAUCGUCUACUACUCGUAACCCCUUGAUUACCAUUCGAAUUUCAUCGCUUACAACUCGGAGCCCUUCGCCUACUACUCAGAACCUUUGGGAUACUACUACGACCUUCUUGCCGAUUUCUCGGAACCCUAAGCAAACUACUCAGAUGCCGGGGAGCACAACAUGGAAGACAUUGCAAAUAUCAGCCCAAGGCUGUAAUUUUCUUAGUAGAUUUUGGACCCGCAACUGUCCAUGGGGAAACGUAUUGUCAGAUGGAAAUAGCUAUGACGACUAUCAUUGGAGAGUGAACUUAACUUCCACUAGAGGAGGAUAUGCAUAUGUAAAAUGGCCAUCGGAAACAACAAAGAAAAAGGCCUGGUUUGUGAGUGAAUAUUUUAGUAAUUCCAGUGAGUGUUUCAAGUUCUCCUAUCGCAUACAUGGCACAAAUGGACAAAAAGUAUUACAAGUCUACCAGCAAGCUUUAGGAAGAGUGAAAAUAUUGCGUUGGUCACAAAGCAAAAGUAAAACAUCAGUUUGGCAUGACGCUGAAGUUACGAUGCCAAAGCUGGAGUACAAUUUACUUUACAGGCUAAUUAUCGAAGGUGUUUUUGAGGCAUAUAGCAAUGGUGAAAUAAAUGUAUACAAAUUUUCGUUUACUUCUGGAGCUUGCAAUGACAGCAGUAAAUCCUCUUCGAAUGAAAAUGCUGGUGUCAUUAUUGCAUCUGUUGCAAUCGCUCUUCUGAUAAUCAUGAACGGAAUUUUCAUCAUUUGGUAUAUACGCCAUAAAAACAAGCAGAAAACAUCUUCCACAACUUCCUCUGACAGUUAUCAGAAUCCAGCCUAUUCAGACGGUGAACAAAAGAAGACGACUGUCUUACCACCACCACCAGAUUUUAAAAGUGAAAGUAAAUCACCACCAGUUGAUAGCAAUGCGCCAUUUGCUAUGGCAAAGCGUGGAGUUUUAUAUUUUGUACCUGAUGAUAAUCAAUCAAAUGUUAUACCGUCCAAUCCACCUCACAAUAACACAAAUGCAGGCCAAAUGUCUUUUAUUUCCACAUCCGCUUCUGAAAAUCCUUACUACAUUCCCAGUUUAUCGCUAGACCAGGACGUUCAAUCACAAUAUCAUUAUUAAAAUAAGCUUUGGGUGCUGAGAGCUUAAUAAGCCUCGAAAUUUAAUAUUCUAAAUGGCACUUAUAUCACUUGAUAAUCAAGCACUAGUUCAUUUACCUCCUCAAGAAAUACAUUGUUCGCGAUGGACCUUGUGUGUAUUUAAUGAAGUUAUAAUUUUCUAAAUAAAUUUGUAUGCACUUACUGAUUUUUCUUAAUAAUUUUAAACUUAGUUGUAUAAUCAACUUGCAAAAUUGUAAUCAUGUUUAUCACAUUUUUUUAUUGUUUUUAUUAUUUUGUGUACAAUAAAUAAACUUGUAAGCAAU